AUGGUCGACGACCUCUGGUAUGAGGAAGUUAUUGAACUUACAGUCCGGAAAAAUUCCAACAUUACUCCUCUGCUUAUGUUGCUAGUCGUCUAUCUCACCAUUAACUUGAAUUUCUAUGUGGGUUCGGUCGAAAAUAUCCCGAGGAGGUAUCGUCCACAGGUGCUCUGGCGGCGACACUUGGACUCCCAGGCCUACGAAACGCAGAGCGGAAUCGUACCAGGGAAGCAAUUUGCGGAAAAAUGA